AUGACCGUCGCUCACCCAGACGACGUCUAUCACACGCUGAACCUCGUGGUACAAUGCUUGUGCAUUCCCAUUGUAUCCGGGGCUGUUGCGUUGCGUUUCUACACUCGUUUCCGGUUUAAGCAGAACUUGGGCAUUGAGGAUUAUGCCUGUAUUGUGGCCUGGCUCCUGUUUAUGGGAUACUGCGGAGUGAGUAUUCUCGUUGGCCGCCAUGGUGGAGGCUACCAUAUUGGGGACCUAAGUCCUGAGAUGGCCAUCCAAUUCAAAAAGUUCUGCUACAUCGCUACUCUCCUUUACUGUCCGAUGGCCCUAUUCGUUAAGAUCGCCCUUCUAUCGAUCCUCACACGCAUCUUCGCUCCCUACCGCAGCAAGGUGUGGUUCAUUUACAUCCUCCUCGGCGCCCUCUGCAUCUACUACUCCAUCGCCCUCAUUAUCAAAAUCCGAAUUUGCUAUCCAAUCCCUUACUACUGGCUCGGCGAAGAGCUGGAAGGUGGCGGCACCUGCCUCGACCAGGCCGCUGCUCUUAUUGCCGACUCCGUCAUCAGUGUUGUUAGCGACAUCAUCAUUCUCGUCCUGCCCCUGCCCUUGACCUGGUCCCUUCAGAUGUCGCGCAACAAGAAGCUGCGUGUUAUUGGUCUACUGGGUGCCGGUGGCUUCGCUGUUGGUUUCAGUCUGUACCGAUUGGUGCUGGUUCUGAAGGAUGGCAGCUCCCCGGACCAAUCCAUCGUCUUCAUGUGUGUUAUCCUGUCUGGAAACGCCGAGGGUGGUGUCGGUCUCAUUUGCGCCUGUCUCCCCGUCCUCAACUCCUUGCUCGCCCAUUACAAGAGGAACUACUCGUCGCAGAAGUACUACAACCAGAGCUCGGAUUUCCAGCUGGGAGACCGCAAGUCGGGAGGCACAUCCAAGAAUAACUCUCAGUGGGACAAGUCUCCCAACUUCGGGGACCAGAGCCACCUGAUCUCAUUUGCUGGAGCGCCAGAGGCAACCGACUCGGUAUAUAAUGAUGAUGGGAUUCGCAAGACUGUGGCGGUGGAGCAGACCGUUGAAAGCAGAGACAGCGACAGCCGCUAA